AUGGGCUGUUUGGUUCAUCGCUUGUUGUUGUUUAUUAUCUGGUUAUCGAGCUUCCAAGAUGUAGCUGCGCAUUAUAAGGUUAACGAGCAUAGUAGCAGAUCAACAACCUCUGAGUUGGCAAAUCCACCUGGUAUUGGAGUAUCCGGUCCCAUUGAAGUAUCUCCAUCCGUCAUCCCCAAAUAUGACUCCCCUGCUCUACCUUGGACACCACCAAUGUACCCUACUUUUCCUGAUACAUAUGAACCCAAGUUAACUGGCAAAUGUCCUGCAGACUUUCAAGCAAUUUCAAGUGUUAUUGAUACAUCAGCGUCUGAUUGCUCCCAACCGUUCGCUGCACUUGUUGGGAACGUGAUCUGUUGUCCACAGUUUGUUAGCUUGCUUCAUAUUUUCCAAGGACAACACAACGUGAAGUCAMAUCAGUUGGUUCUGCCUGAUGCAGAUGCUACAGAUUGUUUUUCAGAUAUCGUUAGUAUCCUGGUCAGCAGAAGAGCCAACAUGACAAUACCUGCACUUUGCUCUGUAACAUCGUCAAAUCUAACUGGAGGUUCUUGUCCAGUUGUAGAUGUCAAAACGUUCGAAAGAGUUGUUAACAGUAGCAAGUUACUGGAUGCCUGCCGCACUGUGGAUCCUCUUAAGGAGUGUUGCAGGCCAAUUUGCCAACCUGCAAUUAUGGAAGCUGCACUUAUUAUCUCGGGACACCAAAUGACAGUUGGUGAUAAGGUCCCUUUAGGAGGAUCAAAUAACAUCAACGCAAUUAACGACUGCAAAAAUGUGGUGUUUUCAUAUCUUUCCAGGAAGCUCCCAGCAGACAAAGCAAACGCCGCAUUUCGAAUAUUAUCAUCAUGCAAAGUUAACAAAGCUUGCCCCUUGGAAUUUAAAGAGCCAACUGAAGUGAUUAAGGCUUGCCGUAAUGUGGCUGCUCCGAGCCCUUCGUGCUGUAGCUCGUUGAAUGCAUACAUUUCUGGGAUACAGAACCAAAUGCUAAUAACAAACAAGCAAGCCAUAGUCUGUGCAACAGUCAUCGGUUCUAUGUUACGGAAAGGUGGUGUUAUGACAAAUAUCUAUGAGCUUUGUGAUGUCGAUCUCAAAGAUUUCAGUGUUCAAGCAUAUGGAAUGCAACAAGGUUGUCUUCUCAGAAGUUAUCCUGCAGACUUAAUAUUUGACAACACAACAGGGUACAGUUUUACAUGUGAUUUGACGGAUAACAUUGCUGCGCCAUGGCCAUCUUCAUCGUCAAUGUCUUCUUUGUCUCUCUGUGCUCCUGAGAUGUCAUUACCUGCCUUGCCAACAUCUCAGACUCUUAAAAAUCACGGGUUUCGCGAUGAUGCGUUUGGAGCGUUACGUUUCAUUAUUUGGGUAUUUCUUGUGUAUGGGUGCUGUGAGAUUUCAAAAUGA